UUUUUUUGGAACCUAAACUCGCAAUUCCCAACGCAGCUGCCAGCUCCAAAUCCUUAUUAAAAGCACCUACUUCGUACAGCAACUUAAAUCUCGUAAUGCAAAUCCUAUUUAUCAGCGUCAAUUCAUCCCAUCGUUUUGCAAAAUCAUCCUUAUUUACCUAAUUACCUAAAUAACCUCAAUUCGCCUAAGAAUUUCUCCAAGCGAACAUGGUUUUCGAAUUAGGUGGGGAACAAGAUAUCUCUUCGGGUAGCAGCAGCUAUGAAGAGUUCCAAGACAAUGACGACACUCAAAAACGCCGUUGUGGCUUCGUCGGCUCCGUGAGGGAUUUCUUGGCAAGGCUUGAACAUUUUACCUGGGCCAACUAUACCUUUCCUAUGUCCACAGGCGGUCUUGCUUUGCUACUUGCAGAACAGACUCAAGGCUUGAUAUUCCCAGGCCUCCAAACAAUUGGAAAAGUGGUUUAUAUCUUUGACCUUGUCAUCUUCACCCUCGUCACCGCUGCGAUAACCUACCGCUUCAUCAAGUUUCCCGGCACUUUGAAGCAUUCUAUCACUCAUCCAACCGAGGCGCUUUUCCUAGGCACAUCGACCCUUAGCUUAGCAUCCAUCAUCGCUGGCAUUGCCCGAUAUGGAAUCCCCUCAUGCGGCCCGUGGCUGAUUGUUGCCUAUCGUGUCUUGUUUUGGAUAUACUUCGUCAUCACUUUUGCUCUAGCCGUUGGUCAAUAUUCACUACUCUUCACUUCCCCGCUUCUGAGAAUCCAAGACAUGACACCUGCCUGGGAUCUUCCCAUAUUCCCCUUCAUGCUGUCGGGUACCGUCGCAUCAUCGGGUGCUGCAUUUCAACCGCCGAGUGAAGCUCUUCCUAUGAUACUUGGCGGUCUGACCGCUCAAGGCCUUGGGAUGUGUGUAUCGAUUAUGAUCUAUGUUCGACGGAUGAUACAAUGGGGAUUCCCGUCACCUAAUUCACGGCCCGGUAUGUUUAUAGCGGUUGGGCCGCCCUCAUUUACCAGCCUUGCUAUUAUCGGGCUUGCAAAUGACUUUCCCAACCACUAUAACUACUUCGGUGCCGACUCUAUCACCAUACAGAUUCUCCGUGUUCUCGCGACGUUCACGAGUAUCUUUAUUUGGUCAUUGAGUCUAUGGUUCUUUUGUAUCUCUGUAGUCGCCAACCUGGCUAUCAGAAAGCAAUUAACCUUUCACCUGAAUUGGUAUGCUUAUGUGUUCCCAAAUGUUGGGUUUACCAUAACAAUCAUCGCCCUCGCAAAGAAUUUCCAAAGCCGGGCGGCCAUGGCAGUGGGCAGCGCAAUGACGCUCAUGCUAGUUGCGAUGUGGAUAUUUGUAUUUAUCCACCACGUAAAAGCCGUCAUUAACUGCGAGAUCAUGUACGAGGGUAAAGACGAGGACGUAUAUGUGAACGAAAAGAAACACUCUCACGUCAAACCCAACAAGAGUGUGAGCGACAUAGAGAAGGAGGCUUGAUGAAACUUACUUUAAGGUAUCUACCUUACAGAGUACCAUCAAGUCUAUAUAUUUUUACCGGGCUAAACCGUACGGAUAUACUGCGCUGGUCUCCUAUAUCUCAACAACGAUAACGAACGUAACGAACUUAUGAUUACUUAGAUUAUGAUAUCUAUUAUGGGGUACGGCACUUAGAGAUACCUGGCGAAUCACGGAAUUGGCUUUAGAUUAGGCGGAAUAGGUAUCAAUACAUACCUAGUAUGUAAUUAAUAAUAGACAUUUGUUAACAUCCA